GCCCAAUAUUCUCCAUUCAUGACUGGGCUACCCAGCCCAAGCCCAAUAAGCCACCGUUUAAUUCCUUGAAUAUUCAUGUCGAAUAUUAUUAUUUCCAUCACAAAAACUAAUUCAAUUUAUCUCUUUCCAAAAUUGUGGCUGUUUCCGAAUCUCGAAAAUGAGCUCCCUUCCAUUUUCAAUCGGAAUUUACAAUCCCGCUCGUACUCAUAGAUUCGAAUCUCUCACCAGAGGGAUAGUUCAAUCCUCUGCUCUCAAAUUGAAUCAAAACAACACAAUUUCACCUCCAUUGAGCAGAAGAGCAGCUGUCGGCAUUGGCUUCUGCUUCAGCCUUCUUCAAUUUCUUCAUCCGCGGACGGAUGCCGCCGCGGCAGAGAGCGCCGCCGAUCCAUGUGAGUUCACGGAAGCUCCUUCAGGGCUCGCUUACUGUGACAAGGCUAUCGGGACCGGACCUCAGCCUGCUAAAGGCCAGCUCAUUAAGGCGCAUUAUAUAGGUAGAUUGGCAGAUGGGAAGGUGUUUGAUAGUAGUUACAACAGGGGAAAGCCUCUCGCGUUUCGCGUUGGAGUUGGUGAGGUGAUAAAAGGAUGGGAUGAUGGAAUUCUAGGUGGAGAAGGAAUUCCACCUAUGCUACCUGGAGGAAAACGCAAGCUGAGAAUCCCUCCAGCAUUGGGCUAUGGCAUGAGGGGAGCAGGCUGCAAAGGAGGAUCUUGCAUUAUUCCACCAGAUUCAGUUCUUUUGUUCGAUGUGGAGUUCAUUGGAAAGGUUUAAUUGGAGCCAAUGUAGACUUUUUUCGUUCUAUACUUUAUGCUAUUUUGUUUCUGGUAUAUUAAAAACAGCUGUGUAAUUGAAUAGAAUCCGUCAAAUACAGAAAGAAAUUUGGCUCAUUUUUAUACUUUACCGAGAUAUAUUAAUUUGCUGGUUUAAAA